AUGCAUUCCACCAGCUCCGUCGUCUAUCUUCCACUCACAGGGAAUGAUUCCGAGGAAAACAUCAUAUCCAACUCUCAUAGUCAUUUUUCUUUUCGUUCAUUGAUUAUUCCGUGUCUUCUCCUGGCAUUAGCGGCUUCGGAUCUCGUCCUCUUCACCGUACUGUGCUUGAAGACUGAAACUCCCGCCUCGCAGGUUCUUUACUCUCCAGCUCAAGAUGCUAUCGAGUACAAAACGGUUAAGUUUCAUAGUGGUUUCGGAGCCGAUUUGCCCAUAUACGAUCGCCCACCAUCCCCAGAAGUCGACGCUGCAUGGGCCAGUCUUUAUGAAUUCGCGCUCAACAAAGUGCCACGGAAUGAGGCUAUUCUCAUGACGAACCAAACUUAUCCUAUUCUUGGAGAGGAAGGUUAUUAUAUGAUCGCCUUGGACGUCUUCCACCAAUUGCAUUGCUUGAAUGAAAUGCGAAAAGCCAUGUAUCCGGAGUACUACCCUAUAACUGGAGAGGGUAUACACACUCCUCAUAUGCAACAUUGUAUUUCCAGCUUGCGACAGUCUAUCACUUGCUCCGCCGACAUCACCCCAAUAGUUUGGCAGUGGUCGAACAAAUCGAAGGCCGCUAAAGAACGAAGCGACGUUGUUCACACCUGUCGAGACUUUCAAAAAAUUACAGAUUGGGCUCAAGACCAUUUUGUACCUCGUCAGCAAAAUAUGUCGAUCUUCAUUGACGACGAGUUGGAUAUUCCUAUUAUCUGGUAA